UUUGUGAGAACAGCCCGCUCAUAUUAACUGAAAUAACCGAAGCACAGCAGCGCGCCAACACAUAUCAGCACCAGAAAAGUUUUUAAGAUGCCAACCAUACUGACAUCUUCAACUGAAAUAAAGAACAUGAACAAGGAGGAUAAACCAGUCAAUUCCAGAGACAGAAAAUUCUCCCUCCUCAGGAUACUAGCCAAGUGGCGGUUUUGUCGCCCGUUGACAGACAAACUGAACCCUGAUGAGUCCCUGCUGUGGUCCCAGUCACUGGAAAACCUUCUUAGAUCCAAAUAUGGCAUGGCAACAUUCCACACCUUCCUCAAAUCUGAGUUCAGCGAUGAGAACAUUGAAUUUUGGCUGGUUUGCGAAGACUUCAAAAAAAUCAGAAGUUCAUCCAGACUGUGCUCAAGGGCCAAGAAGAUAUUUGAGCAUUACAUCAAGGCAGAAGCUCCCAAAGAGAUAAACAUUGACCAUGUCACCAGAGAUCUUAUCAAGCAGAACGUCCAAGCUCCCACAAGAGUGUGUUUCGAUGAAGCUCAGAGGAUUGUCUACGGUCUUAUGGAGAGGGAUUCCUAUCCCAGGUUUCUGCGCUCGGACAUAUACAGAUCACUUCUGGAAUCAGUCUCACAUAGGAUUAAGGUCUGAGAACAUCUUGAAUGAGGGACUUUAGGACUCCAAACGUAUCUGUGGGACUGUUGGUGCAAUGGGCAAGAUGGCCGUGGAGUAAUCAGGCUUUGUUGAGAUGCAGGCCUGGACUCGGGUUGCACCGGACAUUGUGAUCCACAUAAAAGCUUGAAUAAGCUAUUGUUUAUACAGUAUGUACUGAUUGUUCUGCGUGGUUGUGGGAUAUACAAACACAACUGAGCUUUCUGUACAGCUCACCUGUGAUGAUCCACUGAAAUGUGCUGCAACCACAGGAACACCAUAUGGACCUUAUUUAACUUUAUUACUUUGAAGAGUGUCAAAUCUGAUUAGCAUGAGAUGCCUUGGGAAUAAUACUAAUUACAUUUUAAAAACGAAUUCUUUAAUAUUAAUUCAUAACUCAGUGAGCAACAACAAUUUCAUGUGACAUGAAAUGAUCUGUAAACACACAAUGCAAAUGUAAAUCCCACAGUUUUUGUGUCCAGUGAGGAACUUAUGGGAUAUUCUCACAGUAAUAUGUAGAACACACCUAGCAAUUUCAGUUUUUCUAUGAUUUCUCAGUUGGAUAUUAUUUCAGGAAGUCAGCAAGUAAAAGAGUGUGGCUUGUGUUCCAUGGAUGCAUCAAAUUACCACUGAUUUCUGAAUGACAAAUUAAUGUGAUGGACUUAGAAAACAUGUGAGACAUGUGAAUUCCAGGUUGUCUGGAUGUUCAUUUUUAAGAGCCGUUUAAUAACUUAAUAAACACAACUACAAAGAAGAAGACAUUUCUUUUUUGUUGUUGUUGUUUUAGGUAUGGUGAGGCCUAAAGAUGCAUUUGGAAGCCAAGAUUAAAAGUGUGACUGUCACUGCAUUAGAUAAAGAACAUAACGAACCAAGUGACAUUUAUUUUAAAGGAAGGAACACUUCUGCAGCAAAACUAUUUAACAAAAUGAUGUUUGUUAAGUUUGAAAUGAUGUUUGAAAGACAAUGGAUAUUCUGCUCAUUGCAAAAAUUCAGGCUGUCUGGAUGUUAAUUUUAAAGAAGCAUUUAAUAACUUAAAUAAAAAUGUAAGAAGAAAGUAA